AUGCAACCAUUAGCUUAUGCAAUGACAAUUAUUCAAUCUUCUUCCAUUAUAUUAGCAGAUUGUUAUCUUAUCUUAUCAUGUCUUCGUUUAACAACAGAUAAAUUUGUUGUUAAUACAGAAACACAAGCAUUUGGUAAAUUUGUUGGCAAGGUGGUCGAUAUUCGAUUAAAAGAAUUCCACAAUGACUUAUAUUUAAGUGCUUAUUAUCUUCAUCCAAAAUAUUGUAGUGCUGGUAUGCUUACUGUUGGUCGGUCGGCCGUAUAUCGUUGUUUGGCUGAAUAUAGCAAACAAAUUGGAAACAAUUUAGCAACAACAAAAAUGUUAUCAGUUCUUUACAAAGAUGAUACAUCAGAAUCUUGGUGGUCCAUGAUAAAUGAUAAUACACAUAAAAAUUCAUUAUCCAAUAUUUCAUUACGAAUAUUUUCAAUUACACCUCAUUCGGUCAUGCCAGAGCGAUUAUUUUCUAUUUUAGACUGGCAUCAUACCAAACGUCGUAAUCGUCUGAAUCCAUUUACACUUGAAGCAAUUGAUAAAAUACAUACAUUUUAUAAAAAUUGA